UAUAAUUUGUUUUAAAAGUUUUUUAGGGCGAUGGAGAAGGUGACGGCGGAUCUAGGUUUCUAAAUGUUUCUCGGUGAGAUUGAAUCGGUUUGCUAUUGGGUUUUUGAUGUUCUUGGACUCUCUUGUUCGUCCCCUCGACCUUGCCUCUUGUGGCAGGUAGAGAUACGAUUCAAUGGUUACGGCGAAGGAGGCGUAAUCGCUACAUGGAGAUAUGGUUUUAAUUGGGUAUUUUGGUCUUCAUUGGAUAAAAGGAUUCGGGAACGAGUGCUAAGACCAACUUUAAUGAGAUCCGUGUUUGAGACAUUCCAUAUCUCUCAGUCGACACGAUCUGCUUGGUCUAUCCGAUAUGUGAAUCCCGAUGAUGGCGGAAGCUUGAUUCGGGUCAACCUCUUAAUCUCUUCUUGCAAUAGAUCGAGGGUCGAUCUGCAAUGGAGCAUAUCAGGGUUUCAGUCUCUCUCUUUGACUAGCUCAUUGAUACUAUCGGAUUCUCAACUCACUUUGGUAAUUCCCAAGGGCAAACCUAGAUAUGUAUUUGAUGUCGGCGUAUCAAGAAUCUCUCUCCUGGCACCUACAGAAUAAAUUGGAGGAUUCUCUAGCUGGAUAUCUCUGGAGAGUAUGGAAACACAUAAUGAAGCGCAUCAUUUUGAAGAUUGGUCCGAAGUGGAACAUAUCAAGGUUUCUUCCCCUAGCUUUA